AUGGACAGGCGAGUAGAGGGAAUGGAGUUCGGAGGAGAUGAUGACGAAGAGAUUGACGCCGAAGCGCUGGGGCAUGAACAAGAGGAGAAUGAGGCAUGGAAGGCAUUUUCGCAGGGCCAAAUGCUCAUGGCCGGACCCGAAGAAGGCGACGCAACAUUCGAGGAAUGGGAGGUGUUUGUCAGGCGCUGGAUCGACAAGGCGGACGAACCGAUUGGUGGCACAGAGGAGCUGCGUCGUCUGCUAUGCGCAGCCGAUCCGACUAUGCCUCAGAGCAAGAAUACUUACGGGGACCAGAGCCGAUCGGCCUGGGGCCAUUUUUUGACGUCUCGGGUUCGAUCCGAAGAGGUGAUCGUCCGGCUGAGUGGUCCACGCAGACCCAUAGUCGAAAAGUUCAUCUGCGUCACCAAGCACAACACAAAAACCAUCACCACUAUGCUCGUAGACGGCAUGAGCAAACUGAAUGUCAUGCUAUCAAUAGACUUCCCCCGCUACGAUUAUCCAGCAAUGCCAGAUUCAUCGCGACAUCCUGCUGCAUCACUUCCAAACCUUCCAAUGGAACUCUUCCUUUGGGUUAUCGACAAUAAUGGUGUAUCCUCUUGCGACAUCCGGUCUCUCCGCCUUACCUGCAAGGAAGUGGAACUGAAAUGCCGCAACAGGUUCUACGACGCCAUCGACAAGUCUACCGUAUUCUUGCAGCUAGCCGCUGGGGUUCCUGCUCGCGCAAUGGCGUUGGCAAAGUACAAGGAGUGGAGUGACAAUAUCACGUCCGUCCACCUCAAAGUCCCACGAAACAAGUUCUUCUACGCAUCAGAACAGGCGCAUUGGAAUGGAAGAUGGGACAUGGACACCGCAAAGGACAAUUUCGCCGAUAUGUGA